AUGAGUAGUGACGAAGAAGAUUUUAGUGAUGUUUCAACUGAUUUUGAUGAUAUUUCGACUGAUUAUGAAGAAUAUUAUACAACAGAUUAUGAUGAUGAUGAGGAUGAUGAUGAUGAUGAAGAUGAUGAUAUGUUAACACCACAACCAGUUCCUUUUCGUGAAUGUCUUCGGAUGCUUGAUACAGCAUUAUCUGCUAGUCAUCCACCUGUUCUGCCACGAUGGUGUGCAAGUGAACAAAUAGGUAUAAUUGAUGAUCCAAUGUUAUUAAUUCAUGGUCAUCAAAGAUAUCUAUCAAUACCAAUGAAUACACGUGAAGCUCGAAGAUUUAUUCGAAAAUCUGAACCAUUUGAUAUGAAAAUCGAUAUUGUCGAUGGAAUCUCCUUUGUACCAACAGUUUGUCAGAUACCAGUCAAUUCAUUUAGUAUUUUAAAUCCACAAUGGACAACAAAAGUUGAACCAUAUCUUAAACAGACAUGUGUAGCACAAACACUUCAACUUGAUCCAAAUCAAAUUGAAUUGAAAUUAUCUAAUUUACUUCUACUUGAACCAUGUCAAUUUCCACGACAAUUUACUUGGGCAAAAGAUAAACAAAAUCCAUCAACAAUAGCAAAAUUAUUCAUUAGUUUACCAUCAAUUUAUAAUGGUGGAAAAGAAACAAUAACAUAUUAUAAAGAAAAACAUGUUUUUGAUUUAUCCGAAAAAGAUUCUAACAAAUCAAGUUUUUAUACUAUUGUUCCAAUGAGUAAUGAAUGUAAACAUGAAAUUGAUUUUAUAUCUAGUGGAUAUAAAUUAGUAUUAGUUUAUGAUAUUAUUUCAUUAUCAUCAAAUAUUUUUUAUAAUGUUGAUAUUAAUGAAACAAUUAUGAUUCGUGUUGGAAGAAUUUUAGAAACAUAUAUUAGAAAAUUAGAAAAUGAUUAUCAAGGUUAUUUAUCAAAAAUAAUUCUACCGUUUUCUGAUACAUUUAUUAUGGGUAAUAAUCCACUUUUACAUGGAAAUGAUCGAGUUAUUGGAACAAUUCUUCGACGAACUAUUGAACAAUAUCAUUCAGAUAAAUUUCUACUUUAUCAAGGUAUUAUACAACCAAAUAGAUCAAAUGAUGGAACAGUACAUGCUUGCCGUUUAUUAACUGAUUUAAAUUUAAUCGUUCCAAAUAAAACAAAUACACUUUUUAAUCAUAUUGAUUUAUGUUUGGGAAAUUGUAAUGAAACUUAUUCCGGAAAUAUUUUUCUAAGAAAAACAAGAACUGAUCAAGGUAAUUUUGUUUCAUUUGAACAAUUUACUGUACCUAUCUGGUGUAUUGUUCCUGUCAAUCAUAAAUAUAAUAUUUUAAUUGAUAAUAUUCCACGUGUUUUAACUCAUCUUGAACACAAUUUAAUUCCUCAUCAUCAUUAUACAGAAGCAUUUUUACUUAUUGAUUGGUUAUUAACAACUACGAAGAAGAUAAAUUUUAAUACAAAAUCACUUCUUCAUCAAUUAGUACGUCUUUUACCAAAUAAGACAAUUACGGAUAAAGUUAUUGUUAUUAUUCGACAAUUAUUUGAACAUAAAAAAUUUCUUGAACAAUUUUUUCCAAUGAUUCUUAAACAAGAAUAUGAUGAUAUUGUUUAUCUUUUAAAAUAUUCUAAAGAUACAAAUAUUCAAUUAUAUAUUCAUCAAGUUUUUCAAAAUGUUCUUAAACGAAAAUCACGUGAUAAAGAUAAGAUAAGACUUGCUAUUAAAUUUAUUGGCAUUUUAUCAACAAGAAAUAUUGAUUUAAGUUUUUUACUUGUACUUAUUCAUGAAUUACUUUCAAAUAUAUUCAAACCAAAUAAUCCAAUGUUAUCAAUAAAUGAUCUAGCUAAUUUACUUGCACUUUUAUCAAUAUCAAUUGAUUCAUUUCAACCAUCAUGUCAAAUUAUAUCUCAACAAAUUAUUCGACAAAUUAAGAUAACAACAACAACAACAAUGACAUCAUCAACAACUACGCAUCUCCUAAGAGCUGUUCUUGUACCAACUCUUAUUCAAAUUCAUCGACAAUUUAUUGAUGCUAGUCAAACGUUUCAAAAACGAAAACGAACUCCGGUGACCAAUUUUCCUCCAUGGUUUUUAUCACUUUAUCAAACAUGUCUUUCAUUGAUCAAUGCUUAUUGCAAUAGUUCUCCACCUAUUCCAACUUAUGAUAAUAUUUCAGAUAAUUUUCAAACACAUUAUUGUUCAAUUUGUGAAGAAUUAUUUACUUUUCUACAAAAUACGAAUAUAUUUGAAAAAACUUUUCUUAUACCCAAAGAUCAAAUUUAUCAUUUUAAUAAAAUUGUAAAUAAAUUUACUCCAUUAAUUAUUAAUGUUAAACCUAUGACGUCAGAUAACGAAAAUCAUCAAAUAUAUAUUAUGAAAAUGUCAACAGAUGAUGAAGAAAUAUGGCGUGAAAAUAAUCUUCUUCGAUCAUUAUUAACUCAUAUACAAUUAUCCAAUGAUACUGAAGAUCAAUCAGAUAUGACGAGAAGUAAACGUUUUAAAUCGUCAUUAUGA